ACUCAUCAAACAAUAAACCAAACAAAAGGCUGUUUUCAUUUUGCUUUUAUUUAUUAUGCGUCUCAGAAAUUUGGCUCUGCUUACGUACUUGGUGGUUUUUUGGGGUUUGCUUAGAAACCCUAAAUAUGAGGUCCCCGUCCUUCAUCAUAAAAGCCCCUCUGAUGUGCUUCAAAAUAUGCAUUCAAAGCAUUUCACUGAAUCCCAUUCAAUGCCCCCUCUCUGCUAAUCAUUCAUUUCUUCUCUUUUUUGCUUGCCCAUAGUUUUUGACUCCCUUUUUUCCCUUCAAACUUACUGCUCUCUUUCUACUUCACUAUUUGACUCUCCUUCAUCUCCUUUACGGGUAUCUGAUUCCAGAUUUCCAGUCAUCAUCAAAUCAUCUUCUUAAAACCCAAAAUGUUCAAAGUUGAUUGCUUUUAUCCACCGUCUUUAAUUUCGGUCAUCUGAAGUGAUUCCCACUUUUUUCUUUUUUGACUUCUUCAUCAUCAUCAUCAUCUUCUUCUUCUUAGAUCAUCAAAGAGUUUUAUGUUGAUUUUCCCUGUCUUACAAGUAGAGAGAACAUAAAAUGUUGGAGUGCGAACGGAAGUCAGAAAGUGAGUUAAGUUCAUCGAGUGAGUGUUCAAUGACAAGUGAAAGCCGUAGCAGCUUCAGCCGUCUCUCCUUUGACCUCCGGUCUUCCCCGGAAAACCUUUCUCUCAAACCCCACCGAUCUUCCGACUUGGCUUACUCCGCUAUCCGUUCCGCCACCUUCGCCCGUAAAACCGGCCUCACGUCCCGUGAUUUCCAGCUCAUCCGGCGCAUCGGUUCCGGCGACAUCGGAACCGUCUACCUCUGCCAGCUUGCCGACGCAGAUGAAAAAUGCUGUUAUGCGAUGAAGGUGGUGGAUAAAGAAGCGUUGGCCAUGAAGAAUAAAGUGCAACGUGCUGAAAUGGAGAAGAAGAUCUUGAAGAUGCUGGAUCAUCCAUUUUUGCCUACUUUGUACGCCGAGUUCGAAGCUUCUCAUUUCUCUUGCAUAGUUAUGGAGUACUGUUCCGGCGGUGACUUGCAUUCUCUUAGACAUAAACAACCUCAAAAACGCUUCUCUUUGAGCUCCGCAAGGUUUUAUGCAGCUGAGGUUCUGGUAGCUCUAGAGUACCUACACAUGCUGGGUAUUAUUUACAGAGACCUAAAACCGGAAAAUGUUUUAGUAAGAUCAGACGGUCACAUCAUGCUAUCGGAUUUCGACCUUUCACUUUGCUCAGAUGCCAUCGCAGCCGUUGAAUCACCGUCAUCGUCUCCGGAUCCCACGCCUCCCCAAAACCACCGCUCUUCUCGUCCACCUACAACCCCUCUCUCCUGCCUAUUCCACCGCUUCUUCCGGUCAAAGAAGAUACAGACGCUCGCACCCAACAAUCUGUUCUUCGUGGCGGAGCCCGUCACCGCCCGGUCACGCUCCUUCGUAGGGACCCACGAGUACAUAUCUCCCGAGGUGGCAGCCGGUGGGUCCCACGGUAACGCCGUGGACUGGUGGUCUCUAGGUAUCUUCAUUUACGAGAUGAUAUACGGAGGUACACCUUUUGCGGCUCCAUCGAACGAGGUUACGCUGCGCAACAUCGUGAAAAGGCCACUCACUUUCCCAACCCACUCGCCUGCUUCUCUUCUCGAGCACCACGCUCGAGACCUCAUCUCCGGGUUGUUAAACAAGGAGCCCAACACUCGGUUGGGAUCCAAACGCGGCGCUGCCGACGUCAAAAUCCACCCUUUCUUUAAGGGACUCAAUUUCGCCCUCAUAAGGUCGCUUACGCCGCCGGAGAUUCCGGGUUUGAGGCGGUCACCCACCACGACGUCCUUUCACCAUCCUAAGAUCGAGGAACAAUCCAACGCGUUUGAUUACUUCUGAGACGCCACGUGUUCUGUCGGUUAUGCCAGAUUUUAUGACUGGCCAGUGGAGAGACAGAUAUGUAUAUUCGAGCAGUCUUUUUUUUUUUUUUUUUAAUGGUGUUAUUUGAAGUAAGAAAUUUUUAGGUUGGGAAUUAGCUAGAUUGUAUAUUUGUAUAAUAGUAAAAACAUAAUUUUAUUAUUUUAUAUUGUUUUUA